CGGAGGAAGAAAGACGCCUUUCAACGCAACCGUUUGUCGCCAUUUUGACACAUUAAAGUCACAGGGACUGUAGCGUGUUACCUUCAUAACCUUUUUUUUUGUGCGAUUUGAACACAUACAUUUGAUAGUAAGGAACGAUGUCUCGAUUUUUUAAUAAUCGCAGCGGCAUGGGGAUGAAUAAUUUCCAGCCUCGCCGAAGUGGUGGAGGUGGCGGUCCGAUGCGGGGUAAUUUUAUGGGAAGCCCCAAUUUCAGGAACCACCCUUUCCAAAACCAGAAUCGCCGGGGAGGAAACAAUAACUUCAACCGAGGACAGCAGUCGGGUAACCAGAAGACCCAUAACAACCAGAGCAUGCCGCUCAUCCCACCGCCAAGCCCCGGGCCUGCUCUCACGAUGAAAGGCCCUAUGGACAAACAGAAGGAGCAAGAGAAUCCGACGACCACUGUCACGGAGACAAAGAAUCAACCCCAGGUCAAGCAGGAAAUUACAUCGCCCCAGUCGAACCAGGCCAAUACGACUCCACAGAUCAAGUCGCCUACUGGAAAUGCUAGCGGACGACAACCGCAGCAGAAUCAAUCCACGCUCACGAGUCCUAAGCCAGGCCCUCAACCAAACCAACAGAAUCUGAAAACAAGCUCGCAAGCAAACCAGCAGAACCAGAAGACAGGGAUACAACAGAACCAGAAGGGAGGACAACAACAACAAAAUCAGAGGGGAGGCCAACAGCAAAAUCAACAGAAUCAGAGAGGAGGCCAACAGCAGAACCAGAGGCCGGUCCAGCAGCAGAAUCAACAGAACCAGAGGCCGGUCCAGCAGCAGAAUCAACAGAACCAGAGGCCGGUCCAGCAGCAGAAUCAACAGAACCAGAGGCCGGUCCAGCAGCAGAAUCAACAGAACAAGAGGCCGGUCCAGCAGCAGACUCAACAGAACCAGAGGCCGGUCCAGCAGCAGACUCAACAGAACCAGAGGCCGGUCCAGCAGCAGAAUCAACAAAACCAGAGGCCUGGUCCGGAGCAGGAUCAACAGAAUCAGAGGCCUGGUCCGGAGCAGGAUCAACUAAACCAGGGGCCUGGUCAGGACCAGAACCAGAUGCCUGAUCAAGAGCAGAAUCAGCAGAACCAGAGGCCUGGCCAGCAGCAGAAUCAACAGAACCAGAGGCCUGGCCAGCAGCAGAGUCCACAGAACCAGAGGCCAGGCCAGCAGCAGAGUCCACAGGACCAGAGGCAAGGCCAGCAGCAGAGUCCACAGGACCAGAGGCCUGGCCAGCAGCAGAAUCCACAGGACCAGAGACCUGGCCAGCAGCAGAAUCCACAGGACCAGAGGCCUGGCCAGCAGCAGAAUCCACAGGACCAGAGGCCUGGCCAGCAGCAGAAUCCACAGGACCAGAGGCCUGGCCAACAGCAGAACCCACAGAACCCGAGGCCUGGCCAGCAGCAGAACCCACAGAACCAGAGGCAGGGCUAUCAGCAGAACCCACAGAACCAGAGGCAGGGCUAUCAGCAGAAUCCACAGAACCAGAGGCAGGGCUAUCAGCAGAAUCCACAGAACCAGAGGCAGGGCUAUCAGCAGAAUCAACAGAAUCAGAGGCAAGGCUAUCAGCAGAACCAACAGAGGCAGGGCCAGCAGCAGAACCAGCGGUUUGGCAUGUUCCAAGCAAACCAACAGAACCAGAUGAUGGAACCGCAACAGAACCAACAAAAUCAGGAUACAUUUAACGAGCCGGAGGAGCAAGAGGCCGCGGGCAUGAGCACAGGCGAAAGCCAGGAGCAAAAUUUCAAGGCAGCACUGUCCAUGUUGCUGAAACCUGGCGAGAAAACAUACACACAAAGAUGCCGUCUGUUCAUUGGCAACCUUCCAAGUGAUAUCACUGAGGAUCAUUUCAGGAAGAUUUUCGCCAAGUAUGGAGAACCUAGUGAAGUUUUUAUCAACAAAGGAAAAGGCUUUGGCUUCAUUCGACUGGAGUCCCGGGCCCUUGCAGAGAUCGCUAAAGCCGAAUUGGAUGACCUGCCGAUGAGGAACAGAAACCUCCGAGUCCGCUUCGCCACACACUCUGCGGCUCUUUCAGUGAAGAACCUAUCCCCGUACGUAUCCAACGAGCUCCUGGAAGAGGCAUUUUCCCAGUUCGGGAUGGUUGAGAGGGCCAUCGUCAUCGUUGACGACCGUGGGCGCGCCACCGGCAAGGGCAUUGUUGAGUUUGCCUCAAAGCCCGCCGCUAGGAAGGCACUGGACCGGUGCAACGAGGGUGUCUUUCUGCUUACCACGUCACCGAGGCCCAUAGUUGUGGAGCCUCUUGAGCAGUACGAUGAUGAAGAUGGACUUCCUGAGAAGCUGGCACAGAAGAACCCCAGAUAUCAAGUAGAGCGAGAGGAACCCCCGCGCUUUGCCCGUCCCGGUACCUUUGAGUUUGAGUACUCCAAGCGCUGGAAGUCACUGGAUGAGAUGGAAAAACAACAAAGGCAGCAGGUGGAGAAGAACAUGCGCGAGGCACGCGAGAAACUGGAAAGUGAGAUGGAGGACGCUUACCACGAGCACCAGGCCAACCUGCUCCGCCAGGAUUUGAUGAGGCGACAGGAGGAACUUCGGCGCAUGGAAGAGAUGCACAGUCAGGAGAUGAAAAAGCGGAAGGAGCUGCAAUUGAGACAAGAAGAAGAACGUCGCAGGCGUGAAGAGGAGAUGCUUCGCAAGCGGGAGCUGGAGGAACAAAUGAGACGCCAACGAGAGGAGACCUACAGGAUGGGCAGCUACAUGGACAGGGAGAGAGAAAUGAGAAUGAGUUCCUCUAGUACAAUGGGCAUGGGAGAUAUGUCCUUUGGUACCGUUUCCCAAAACUUCACCUUGAGCGGAAUGGGAUUUGAUUCGCAGCAACAAAUGGGAAGUUCUCCGUCAUCCCAGAUGAGCAAUGACUUGCGCAAUGAGCGCUACGCUCAGAGCGUUACCCGGGGAAUGGGUACUGGUAACAACUCUUACAGCCGGGUCCGUGAAGAUUUCGAUGGCCCCGCUAAGAAAGCUCGUUUUUAAACGCUCCUUGCUGGAGCGUUUUUGUACAAAUCCCUCCUGAAAACAAAUAUGAUAACUCAGUUUGUAUUUAAGUUCCAAAUGUUCCAGCAUUUUAUCAUGACACUUUCUAUUAUGAUCCAGUCAAUAGACUGGGUUUUUUUUGUUGUUGGUGGUGUUUUUUUAUUUUGCAUUGUCUCUAGUUUAGGAUGAUUAGACUUCCCCUUCAGCUGUUUUGACCCCUGUAUAAUCCUCUUCUUUAUAUUCUAGAUGUGAUAGAUCUGUGAUUCGUCGUGAAUUGUAAUUUUUCCUCUCAAUUUUCCAUGGCUGUGUAUGUGCCAUUCACUUCUAGAGCAUGUUACAAUAAAGACCAUGAUGGGUUAAAUUUGGCCAAAGCUAAUAUUUAUUAUUCUUGCAUUAAUAAAACGACCAAGCAUUAUUUGGUUGUUUACAAAAAAACUCAAUAGGCCUUCCAAAACAAAACAAAUCUUCAGUUUAUGUUAGGUCCGCACAAUAGUUAAAUUCCAACUAUAUACCAACCAAUCGGAAGCUGCAUGCUUAUGCGUGACUGGCAGGACACAACAAUCAGGUUGGUUUAAAAGGAGUUCCUGCCUGUCAGUAGAGCAAACUCCUGUGAAAAGCUAACUGCUAAAGUUAACUUUCGCACAUUACCUAACUUCUCCAAGUAACCAAGUCUCCUCCAUAGUGGCAAAUAAGUGAACACAUCUCACAUGUAUUGCACCACAAGGAGUCUUAAAUUAUUUGACGCUAUGACCGACCACACUGGAGGUCUGGGUAGACCUAACGGUAAUUGCUAAGCGAAUGCAAAAUGUUACCAAACACGACAAUGAGUGCGUGUGUUUCAGUACAGUGUGGAAAAAAAAUGUUAUAUACAUAUAUUUACAUUUGUUUAUAAUAAAACAUACUUGGUUAUAAAAUCUAUAAUUAAAUACACGAUAAAAAUAAUUCCAUGUUAAUUAACGUACGAUAGCAAGUGUUUCUCUAUGGAACCAAUUUUUAACUUAAAAGUACUGUCUCACACAGUCAAAUUUGUGUCCUUGCAUUGUUAGUUAUAGUUUAUAACUAGAGUCCGAUUAUGACUUUAACCGAUAUCCCAAUAUUGUCCAACUCCGAUAUCAAACUGAAACGAUAUACUAUGCAGUCUUGGACUCAACAUAUUAUAGCUAAUUGUAUUGUGAUGACCCACUGGAUGCUCGAAUAAUUAUAAUGCUCACCUAUCAAAUCCCAAGCAUCUCAAUUUAGAGACAUCUGAUGGUCAGUAUAUGGUCAAAGGCAGAAGGAUUCUGCAUUCACUUUGAAGGCAACAUACGUAUUGGUCCAAAACCGAUGUCGAUAUUAUUCAACAUAGUUUUAAAUGCUUUUAUCGACCGAUAUUAUCGGACAACUCUACUUAUAACGUAUUGAUGGUGUGAUCUCAUUGUUUGGGAAUAUGACUGCGUUCAUUUUGUACUGACGCUGGAUUUGAAGAAAAUCAUGAAUUGAAAUGGCACCAUCAACCAGAAAAUCACCUUCAGAUUUUUCUCUGAAAUUUGUCAUCUGUUGCCGAAAGAAAGCCUUUUUAGCAUACUGUAUGUUGGACUCUGAAGACCAACGCUAAAUGUUUUGCGAGCAACAUGGCAGUCCCCUUCACUUUACCAUGUAGUCCUUAGUCCUUCAAAUCAUUUUUAAUGAUCGAAUAGCCCAUAGCUAAGUGCUGUAAUACCAAGAGAACAUGGACCACUUGGCAACCAUAAACAGAAGCUUAACAAAGUUGGAAAAGCUAAAUGAACUAAGACUGUAUCAAAAAAAACUCUAGCAUCCUGCUUUGUUAAAUGCCAAGAACCGAAAAUAAGGUUGAAGGCAUGUUUUAUAAAUGGACAACAAAAGGAGCUUAUCUGAUGUGCAUUGACAGGUCUUUGCAUAGUUCGAGACCAGCUAGAAGAAAUGUCCCCUCUGAGCCUCUGCUUAUUUGGUCAGCUUAAGCGGCAGGCAAAACUGUAGUGAUGGGGCAGCUUGGAGAGGUAAGAAAAAGACCAUCCUAUUAAAAAUAGUAUUAAUAAUAAAAUACAAUCUCAAAACUGGAUGGCAGAAUAGUAAAUGUGUUCCCUCUAGCAUGUCCCAGUUCAGAGGAGCAUCACUGCAUUUGAUCAUUGCAGAAAAUCCACUAUGUUGCCCGAAAUUUAAUAGCGGGAGAAUCCAAUUGCUCAUAGUUCCCAAAGCAACAAGCAAUACUUGACAUGACCUGGUAUCAUGCCUGGUCUAGCUUUAGUAGUCUUGUCACUCAACUUGAUGUUAGUCAUUGGGAAGUCCAUUUCUAAGUCAUGUCGCACAUUUGAUAUUAAAUGACAGAUUUAUUCAAUUUUCUAUGUCCAAAAUGGAUCUUGGAUUCUUAAAUGUUUGUUUUUGGAUUUUAUACUUGAACUUGUAGUGCUUAGGAGAAGCAGGUAUGCAGUAACAAAACACAUUCAUAACUUCUAAGAGAUGCUAUAAGUAUAUUUCAAUUUUGACAUUUUGUAUUUUAGCAAAACCAGACAGCACAUAUGCCAUAUUUACAUUUUAACAUGAACCCUUGACCCUGUGGUGCCUUAGCCAAAUUGCUGUCCUUGGAGGUUCUCUUGCAUAGGCUACAUUCAUAUGCUAACAUUUUCACUACUCACAAGCUUGAAACACAUCUGUAUUGUACCAUGCGUGUCGUCCCUGGCUGGAUUUAAGAAGACAAGACAUUCUUCAAAGGAAGACACGGUUGCAGAUGUUUUCUUGGUUUCUUAAUCAGAUGAGUUUUUCUACUCCUGCUCAGUGUUUGGUUAGUCCUACAUUUCUUUUUGCUCCCUGUCUAUAUGAUCUUUACAUUUCUUGACCACAUAUUUGUCCCAGAGGACAUGAUAUAAUUAAAAGGUGAUAUCAUCAUUGCCUAUAAUAAUAGUUUAAACCAAGAAUAAGCAACGAACUAUAAUCCUUUAACUCAUUUCUCUGAAGCACAAAAACUCAACUAAGUAGCUAUUCUUUUUAUAGUCUUGUCACAGUGAACUGUGUCAGACUUGCUUGCAGCAUUUCUUGACUUACUGCUGUUAUGUGUAGCUGGAGUUUUGUGCUUGCACUUAAGUUAACAUGACAGGUGGUAUAGAGGCUGAAAACCCACAGAGAACUUUCUCAGGAACUCUUGGGAGUAGUAAAUGAAGCUGGGAACGUGGUACAUGUUUCGGCUAUCCUUUCCUGUGCUUUUAACUAGGGCUGCAGCUAUCGAUUAUUUUUGUAGUCGAUUAAUCGUUGAACUAGUUAAUUCAAAUAAUCGAGUAAUCGGAUAAGUAAAAUAAAAAUUAAAAUACCUGAGCUGGGCCUCAAACAGUAUGAAAAAAAUAAACGAGUAUUUAAGUACAACAAAAGAACGAUUGGCUAACUUACAUACCAAAAUUCCGCUAGCUUAAAUGCUCUAAAAUGCUAACUUUUUUUUUUUAUAUACAAAAAGUUGUUCAAACAAAUAUUCCCACAAAAAGCGGUUAAAUUUACUGAUAACUAAACACAUGCAUUAAAAAAAAAGCUCAAACAAAAACUUAGCUUAUGUUGGUCUUAACAGAGAGCAGCUGCAUUUAUCCAUGUGAAAUGAGCUAUUUCAUAUUCACUGCUGCCACUAGAGGGCAGUGUAUCGACCCAAAUCAAUAAAACUAAAUGCAAACUUUAAAAACUAACCAUUACAAUGCCACUUUAAUUAAACGAAUACUCGAAGCAGCAAAAUUUAAUUUGUAUCUUUUUUCUAACUGAUUUGAGUUAAUCAGCACUACUCGCAACGCUUCGGAAGAUUACUUGACACGAUCUUCAAACCCAGAAGCUGCUGCAAAAUCAAGUUGAAAUGUUGAAGCUAAUGUAAUAAACAGCCGAGCAGAUACGCUAAAUUCCACUGAUUAGCAUAAGGUUUUUUAGACUUUCAGAAAACCAUGAGUACUUUGGUUUUCCAAUAACUGGUUAACUGGAUGAAAAUAUUUAGGGAAGAAUUUGAGAUUGACGAACCAUGAAUCUUUAAUGCUUAGGAUUCCUAGGCAAUCUUCUCAUCACUUUGCAUUAGUACAGCCCUUUUUACUUUGCAUUGUCCAUUGACUCACCAACAAUGAGAAAGUUCUGGGACUAGAAAUGUAAAUAUCAAUUUUAGUCAUAAUUUACAUCUUCAAGUUGGAGUGGAAUGUCUUUUGUGGAAAGACUUUUCACCUUUGCUUGUAUCAUAAAUGUGACCACGGUCUGAAGAGGAAGUCCGUUUUGAAGGACAGUUCUGGCUGCCAUACAGGAUGUUUCUGCAAAACGGCCAUGGGUUGAUUAGCUACACCAGGCACAUGCAAGACAAGACUGAUAAUCUCACUGGGUUGAGAGAGUAAAAAAGUAGUGCACUAACGGUGGAGGUCAUCAUCGGACAGCUGGCAUACUGUCUGGUGACCGGAUCAGCGCCAUGGUCUUCGCUCCAGGAUUGGUUAUUCCACUGUGGUAUUUGCUUUUGUAACUCAGUGAAAAGGUAAAAGACCUUCCUUCUAACAUACUUGUACAGCCCUCAUGGCUGCCUUUUAUCAUCCUUUCAGAAUGUUUUGGAAAUUACUAAAUGUGACCUGGCACAGCAAAAUGUAUUUUUCAACACUGAGGUUUUUGUAUCAUAAAAACGGGAUUUUAUUAGCUUUCCAAUGACAGUUUAAUCUCCGAUACUUGAAGUUAGGUGGUUGUUAUUGUCAUUCCCGUUGAUUUGACACUGCCAACGCAAUUUUCAAGUUUACCAGAGCUAUGUCUGAUUCUUCCCAGUCACUGCCCUGUUUUUAACUGUCACAAAUUAUGUGGACACCAGUUCAGUCCACUGCCAUGCAUUUGCAACCUAUCCAAAUAGUAAGCCGACAGCUGACUUCAAAAGAGACAUUAAAUUUUGAUUUCUUUACCUUGAGAAUCCGUCUCAAAGUCUAUGUUUGUGAUGGUGUCUCUGUGUUUUCUGACAGUAUUCCGAACCAGUGUUGUUUUUGGCAGCCAUUUUAAUCUUCGUCUUAGUCUUUUGGACAAAAUUACUUACUAAGUCAUAUUUUAGUAAAUUUCAAAAUGUGAAACGAAAACUCAGACGAGUUUCGUCUAGUUUUAGCCGACAAUUCUCAAUGUUUUCAGCUAUAAACUUCAAAGUUUUACUCCAUGAAUAAAUAAAAAGGUUUCCCACAAUUUCGAAUAAACAUGACAGACGAGCACAUAACUGUAGAGUCUACAAGGAUAUCACCAUUUUCAUGAUAAUACACACUCAGCAACAAGACUGUACAUUAUUUGCAAUUAAUUAAACUCACCUGGACGCCAACAACUGUAUGUAAAAUGUUUUCCAAGAGUUUCAAAAGACAUUGAGUCACCGCGCUAAAUGCUAACGUAAACGCUAUGCUAACACUACAAGUUAGUUUAGUGAGUGACGAUCACUCAGCACAGACCUCAAAGGUUUAAAGCAACAUAGCAUAGACUAUCUAGCCAAGAUAAAAAAGCAAAACUUACUAAGCAGCACCUGACACACAUUUCACAAAAGGAGCCUGGAAUGGGCACAUUACACUGGCCGAUAAGUAAGCGUGUGUUUAGGGCGUGGGGGGGGGGGGGCAGUACUUCACAUGAGUGACACAACCAACCACUGCUAAAUGCGUGCUAACACACAUACAGUAAGAAAAUGUCGCACACUGUGAAUUGAUGACGGAAACUAUGGUAAAUUUUCACCUCAUUCUCGUGUUGUCAGGCGACAACUGGAAUUCAUCUCGUUACGUUUGCCUCCAAAGACACGUUUUCAGCGCGUCAUUGAAUGACAUGAAAUGACGCGCUGAAAACGUGUGAAUCAACAUGAACAAUGAAUUGAACAUGAAAAAAAUUGUUUUCGUCAACAAUAACGGAAAUAUUUUGUCAACGAACAACUGUUCCGAAUCCUACAAUCCACUGAAGAAUAGACUAGUCAGAGGCCUGUGUCUUCAGACAGUAACAUGCUAAUGCUCGAAUUAAUAGGAGUACACAUUCCUUGCCUGAGUUUAGCACACAACAACUGAGAAUAACCAAUACUGGUACGAAAUUAGCCAAAGGGAAUAAUUUCUUAUAUCAUGGUUGAAUAUUUCUUCAGCAAAAUGUGAGUUUUGAACGCUUUUUGAUGCUAAUUUCAUGAUGAUGGAACUUCGGACCGAUAAGAGGUGUUUACGGAAUGUUUAAUGAGUAUACGUCUGGUUUCAUAAUUUCCACCAAGUGAAACAUUUGGCUUUUAUAUUUGAAUCGCUCGACUCAUUUUGCUCUGCCAGGUCACAAAUACAUGAUCUGAUCUUAUUGUCCAUUUUUCAUUUGAUAAAUUUGCAUAACACCUUUUGUUCCAUGUUUUGGGGGUUUAGCCUAAUAGUAAUGUGCCACCAAUUCUCUUUUCGGUAGUUUCCCCUUUUUUGGCGGGCAAUCCUUAAUUGCUGCCCAUUUUAGGCACAUAUCAUCAGAGGUGGGUAGAGUAGCCAGUAAUCUUACUCGAGUAGUGUUACUUCAAAAUAUUACUCAAGUAGAAGUAGUCAUCCAAAAAAUGUGCUUAAGUACAAGUGAAAAAGUAUCCGGUGAAAAGAAAAAAGUGAUGAUUAACUUUGUGAGGAACAGUUUAUAGUGUGAUAUUUUUGUAAACAAUGGUGUAUUUUUCUUCUCAUCACAGCAUCGUCUAUAUGAAUGAUUUUUAUAUAUACUGUACUAUAACCUAUUACGUGACCAUUUCAGGCCCAAAAAAUAAGCAAUCAUCAAAUUUAAACUAGAAAAAUGAAACGUUACCAGUUCAAAGAGCAAGCGUUCCCGCUACCAUAAACUAAAAAUGAAUCUGUGUCAAAUAAAUCACUGCUAAAUAACAACUGGGAGAAAGGUUCAAACAAAUCCACACGUUUGAGUAAUGUUGACUCUAUGUCAAAUAGUUCAAUUUUUACAGUGCUGAAGAGAGACGCCAUGUGAUUGAACAGGCCGGCGUGACCAUUUGACUUGCCUGCGUCUGGUCAUGUAACUAUAUUGUUACAUCUGGUUGAUUUAAUGGAGUCGUGAUUAUUGUGGUGACAUCUCAUUGGUGAAACUGGUAGAGACACUGUCGGUAUCUCUGGCAAAAAUAAAAAUUCAAAUAUGAAAAUAAAGAGGAAAAAUGUAACUGCUCUAGUGUAGCCCAAAGUAGCAGAGUAAGAGUAGCGUUUUAUCUUAACAAUUCUACUCAAGUAAAAGUAAAUAGUAUAUUGGGUAAAACAAUUAUUAAAAGUACAUUUUUCCUCAAAAACUUAAGUAAAUGUGACGCCUUACUACCCACCUCUGCCUAUAUUCGUAUAUUGCUUAAAUAUAUAAUUAUAGAUGAGCAUUUAUAGUACAUCUAUCAAGAAUAUUGUCAUAAGUUUUACUCUAUAGUUUUGUAGUUGUUGGAUAUCAUGUAGUAUUCUAAAAAUGUUACUUUGAUGUGCUCUUUACAUUCUUUCUUUAACAGGUUUGACCGACUAUAAAGAUUUUGGACUGGAGGAAAUUGAGGCUGUGUAGUGCUUUAGCAAAUCUUUUAAACCUCAAGCGAGAAGCAAUGGUAGAUUGUGACAAGCUGCAUUUGGCUUUGCGUCAUUGUAGCACCAAUGGGAAAUUGGUAGGUAACGGCCCGAUCUGGUACUUGCAUGACACAUCUUGUCCGAAGUGAACAGACAAGUUCAUUUUUUAGAGGAUGAUUGCAUUUUGAGUACCUAAUUGUAUGUUAAAUUUAGUAGGCGUGUUGUCCGGUUUCGCUAUACCCCAAAGAGCAGAUAGAAUCCUGACAUGCUGUGGGUCUAAUCUACAGUUUCAAGACCUAAUACGUCGAACUAUAAUGCUAACACCUGCCAAAAAUACCCAAAUUGAGUAGUCUUACCCACUUUUUUUUUCUCCAUAGCAUAGCUUUCAGAUUACUACAGGUUUUGCACUAUAUUGCUAAAUCUGCUAGCCACUCUACUAAACAGUUUACAGAUAAUGAGAAAGUCUUCAAACAAGAGGACAACUUCUUCAAACUUUUUUCCAAUCCCAGUUUAAAUUCUUUGUAAAGAUAUGCACGUUCAUUUAACCAGCACCGCUUAGCUUGGUUUUAGCAAAUUGAAAAAUCCGCUAGCUUCAUGCUAAAACACAGUGCAAAACGCUACAAAUGUGCAAAAAUACCUGUAAGCCUUGCACUACUGUUAACGAUGAUGAGAUCAACUAUUUUCAGUCCUAAAACAUUGUAUUUAUUCUAUUUAAAUUAUGUUGAUACAAUACAAACAGUCAUUAAAUAAUCUGGUCGCAUAUCAGUUACCGAUAUCAGUUUCGUUUUAGAUAUCCAUUUGACAUUUGGAAAAUGGCACGUAAGUCAAGUCUGCAUUAAAAGCCAAGUAUUUUGUUUGUUUGGUGUACAAUUUGUUUUCUUUAACAGGUUUGUCCAUCGUUAAAGACGAGGAGAUAUCCAAAGCAAGGAAUUCAAAAGUCUGUGCUCACGACAAAGUAAUUGAUAUUAAAAGAAUAAGUUUGUGUGUGUGUGUGUGUGUGUGUGUGUGUAGCGGUUUUAGGGGGUGGUAUAGGUGAUGAAAAAGGUAUGACAUGAUCUCAUCCUCCAAUCUGUGUUGUGAAUGUGUUGCGUACUGUGUUGGCUAUCACUUGAGUGAUGGAAGAACAUUUGUUUCAUAUAGAUUUAGAUGACUACUCGUUCAGUAAAUAUUCUUUAUUAUUAACACUUUUUUUUUUUUUUUUUUUUUUUUUUUUUGGCGAAACUACUAAUGGUUGACUAUAGAAACUUUUAAGAUUUCAAAGAAAAUUCUUGUGACUGCAAAAACUAAAAAAAAAAUCAGUUAACCUUUUUCGGGGUACUAACUGAACCCACCAAUAUACGCGUUCACCAAAUCAGUCAUAAUUAGGCAAAUUUUUAUUUCAUAUUCAAAUCAAAAGUAUUUUACACUGGUACCGCGACAAACGAAGUUAAUUUGUUCAAGGAUCUUGUUCGUAAGUCGAAAUGGUCGUAUGUCGAGCAGGAUUUCCCCAAAAGAAUACAUGAUAAUUCCAUCAAUUAGUUCCACAGCCCGAAAACCCAGACUAAAUCCUUAAUAAAUACUGCUGUUACUAUUGCAAAUAGCAAAACAAAAUAAUUACGAAUAAAAAUCGGAAUAAUAUAAUAUUAGAAAUAAUAAUACCUGAAAUAAUAUUUUUUAAAAAUCGGGUUGUAAUGUGGUGGAUGUAUUUUGCGUGGUGUACCUGAACGCACCGCGUGGCUCAGUGGUGUCACCAGGAUGCCAGGUUUGGGCGGGCAUUAGUCUUACCUCGGGGGCAGGGGCAAAAAAAAAUAAAAAAGCUACAGUGCUCAAGUAGGUCGAAAUCCAGCGUAGGGCUAAUGCACCUUAAAACAUUUUUUGUUUUCCCCUUGAGAUAACUUGUUGUGAUUUGGUUUAAACAAAAGUUGAUUUGAUUUGAUUUGACUUAAAACACAUCCAUAACUGAACAGUAUGGACAUUCAGUGGACAAUGUUUUUUUUAGGUAACCUAUUGUGGUUCCUCGUGUUCCGCAGCCCCUUUGAGCUCAGUUUGACCCCCUUAGAAUGCUUCAAAAUGCACCAAAAUCGGCAGGCAGGUCAAGACAGGUGCCAUCUUUGAUACUGUGUAAAGACAAAUUCCAAAUACACUAUGUGGCGCCAAGCGCCCCCUAGCAGUCAUUCUUUGUCCCGCUGAUGCUUUGACCCCUACUUUGACCCCCUCUGAAUGCUUCAAAACUCACCAAACUCGACACCCAGGUGAACACUGGUGAAAAGUUUGAUAAAAUGUAAAAAAAAAAAAAAAAUCUAAAUAUGCGUAAAUGUGUGUACCGCCCCCUAGGAACCAAACCAACAUUUUUUUUUUUUUUUUUUUUAUAAGGUGACAGAGGAGGUAACAACGCAAAGGUUAAAACUUAGAACACAUCAGUACUAAAUGAAUGGGAUACUAUACGCGGUGCCCAGACUGCUGUUAGUACGACAUCCAGUCUUAUUUGGGUGGGCAGAGCGUGUCCGUGGGUGGGCACUGCCCCCCCUGGUAACGCCCAUAGCGUGGCUGAUGACAGAGUGAGAGAGAUGGUGCAGUUGAGAUAUUACUUUCUCUUUUAAUGUCCUGUUGUUGCUGGCGUCAACUGCCGCGGACAGUUGGCAUGUUGUGUUGCACAAAAUCUGGAAUAAAUUAUUAAAAACCUGACAAAGCUGGCGAUAUCUUUGGCGAUGGUACCACAAUAAUAAUUAUCACCUUAACUUAUAAAGACUGGUAAACGGAGAUCGGAAGAGUAUUUUCAAGCAGUUCACGGAUGCGCACCCCACGCUCAUAUUUUUCUAUCAUUUCCGUCUUCAAUGGUAAGCCCCACCUUUUUUUCACCACUUUAACAUUCUUGGAACCCAUGUUGAUUCCUCUCACAAUAAAAUCCACCGUACGUCCGUCUUGCGGAAUAACAAUGAAAUUGCAACGCUGUAAAAAAUCGUGUUUUGAGCAUUUCGUCGGAUGUAGAAACAAAUGGCCAGUCAAAUUUUACGUCGGAUGUCGAAAAAGAUCGUGUGUCGAAGCGAUCGUAUGUCGAGGUACCACUGUAUUAGCAUUCAGGGCACAAAAUGAACAAAAAAUGAAUGCAUAACUGAGUUAGCCGAAAAUUGAUCCUUUGCGUGGACAUGAGGUCUCGGUUCACGAUGGCAUGCACUGUUUUGUAAUUUUCCCCAUUAGUUGUAUUAGCACAACUUGCACUGCGUCUGAGGUUUUCUACUGUUUUGUUGUACUUGCUGUAUUCAUUGUAACACAUUUGAAUAUUUUUCCUGGGGUUGUGGGGUUCAUCAGAUGUGACCCAAUCACCUUUUACAGAUGGAAGGUAGGCCUUAUUUACAAUGCAUUCAGAAACUCGUAUUGGCCAACAUGCCAAAACAUGACUAACGUUCUCAUUAAGUAUGGAUGUUUGCUAUUCAUUUCUAGCUGUUUUUAUAACCUGAAUUUUAUUUUUGCAGUUCAUAAUAUUGUGCAAAUAAUAAUCUUUCAGGGGGUCAGAUUUUUUCCAUCCGUCCUUCAAUUUUUUGGACUACCAAUAUGGAAUGUUAACUGCUAAUGCAGCCAACAUUCAACUUUCUGAGUAUCUGAGGAGAGCGGAUCAUUUGCGUCCUUGCGUUUUGCUUCCUAAAAUCUACCAAAAUUGCACGUCAUUUUAAUUUUAAAAAUAUAGUUGUAUAAUAAUAGUUGAACAAGUAUUCUUUAUGUGUAGAAAUCCUAAGCUAGUUUUUUUUUUUGUUUGUUUUUUGUCAGUAUAGUCUUACAAUAAUACAUUUCAGAGCUGCAACUGCCAUAUCAUGAAACGAUUUUGCUUACCCUUUAAGCAAUUUUGAAACCAUAAACAACUCUGGGGGCAACUCAUAUGACUUGAUACCCUCUUCCGGGUUUGCCGAUAGGAGUGUAUCCCUCUGUGAAACUCCCAUUGAGUUUAUAUGGACCAACAAGAGCUACAAAGAAAAGACUCAAUUUUGAGAAGUAUAAUGAUUAAUAUUAUUUACGGCAAGGCAAUAUGUUGUAUGCAUGCAUAUUUCAGAUAACUAUAAUGAACAUUUCGAGAUAAGGUGGGAUUUAAGGGAAGCUAAGUAAAGCUAAUAAUGCUAGCAACCUACCUGUGUGUAAAGCUUGACUUCGUUAUUUCCUUUUUAACAUCAAUGUAUAAUCAAUCACCAUGUAUCUGAUCAAAUGUCAAAUAAAUAUUUGGUCUUAAUAUGAAAAAGGUUCAAUACCACAGACAAACAUACGGCAUGACGUGCAAUCACACAUUUAAGCUAAAAUGAUAACACUAUCAUUAGCAUUAACAAUAGUUACAGUAUGGUUACUUUGGAUGAUUCUGUCACUAUUCUAUUUUUCUACUGUUCUAUUAUUAUUCUAAAAUAACAAAAAUAAAGCUGUAAUACACACAAGUAGACAAGAUCACUAUCAUUGGAUUAUAGCUUAAAUUCCCAGUCGAAUUUAACAUAUUUCCGAAGGGUAAAGCAUAAAAGACGGAUAACAUUAGCAAGACAAAUGGAAAAAAGUAUCAACAUUAACUUGUAACUUUCGAAUUUGAGUUUUGUCGGUUUAUGGCGCAGCUCCAUUGAAGAAAUACUGAAAAUACUACUAUUGUAGGGUUUAUAUUUUUGGAAUUUAGUGAACUAAUUGGCUCAUAUAUAAAUCUCUUUAUUUACCGUUAUAUCACUAUUGGCUUAAUCAAGCCUGAAUAUGCAAUUGAAACCAAAAACUGCGAUAACAAAACAAUUGAUUAUGUAAGUAUUGGUUUUGAAAGCAAAAGCGGAUGUUUACAAAUAUCUUACACAAUUCUAAAGAAAAUCCAUCUGCUUUCAGCAAGGACUACAGAAAAAUUCAGUUAAAAUAUUUAAAUCAAUUAGCAAAACGGUUGUUAAUUUCGAUAACUGAUUAGUUGUCGAUUAUUUGUAGCUUGCCUAACACUAACCCAUGCCUAAUUGUGCACAUUUUAUGAUGAGUCAAUUACACAUUUAUAGUUUCAAGUGACCUUUUAUGACACAAUGCAUUUUGACACCCCUGGUCGUCCACACUACAGUGGCAGGCAGGGUCAUUGCCUAGUGUUAUUGGUACACAGUAGAAACAAAGCAGUCUUCCAAAUAAAAUUCCACAAUUCCACUUUUCUUCUUCUAGUAAUGCACGCUUUGAAGAUGUAUUGUCAUAAGAUGGUCCCUGUAGACCAGAAGCUCACUCACCAAGUGACACUAUCCACAAAUUGCGGCCUGCUGUACGUCGGUGUGUGUGUGUGUGUGUGUGUGUCAUGUCUUUGGCAAAGCGAACUGCGUUAGCUGCAAGUCAGCCAGCUUGUCAGAGACGGGCUGCCCCAGUCCGCAAGUUACAUUGCUCCAUGUGUAGUUCUGCAGCAGUCAGUGGACAUUAAAGCCUGGACUUGUUUGCACUGCAGCCAGAGAGGUAUGCUUACACAGUACGAGCAAGGUAAGUCCUCAUCCAUGUUUACCUUAUCCAAGAUGUACAGUUGUCCCAUAACCCUCCUCUCUGUCCUCACUCAUGUUACAAUGACACUUUGAAGGGUUUCUGGCAUCACACUUGACGAAAUGGCAUCACAGUGCAGAUACUUAAUCUUUGUAUGUGUAUGUGUACAUAAAACGAGUUGUUUUUACACUGCAGUGUGUGUGAGUGUGUGCUUGUAGUGCUGUAUAACAGACAAUAAAUGUGUUGGUGAGUCACUGGUCAACAGUCUGGGCCAGACCUCAAGUAUUCCUUGGAAACCCUCUUGUUGCAUUUCUAUGUAAAAGUGGUCUAAAGAAACGCAUAGUUAUUGGAAGGCUUUGUGUCCAAGACUUGCAGCUCAUGGCAAUGCAUAUUGGUGAUUUUACGAAGCAUUUCAGAUCGCUCACAACUCGAGCUGAAUUGAACCAUGUGUUGAGAUCAGUUUCCACCAAGCAGAGAAUUUCUAUACAUUGACACCACUUUUGUUACUAGCCCUGUUCAGACAGUAAUAAGGGGGCGUUUCUUAACCUAGAUUCAGCCCAGCUUGACUACCGGUACUUGGCACAUUUCUCACAAAAUAUCAACAGUAUUAGGCCAUAGCAACAUGCUAAUUAGUGUAUUGCUUGGACUAAAGACACAGUGCUCUUGUCUUUGGGGCCACUGAUGGUACUUUUUCCAAAGCCCUUUUCAAAUUCAAUGCAUUGUGAUCGACUGGACUGCUUGUUGGAAAUUCUUAGUCGGACCAACAAUAUUUGCAGUACUUUUUAUUAUUAUUAUUAUUGAUACUACUUAUCUGGACUCAAAACCUGACUUCCUGGUUUUUGGGUGAAGUAUUUUGGUGCAGCAACAGUAUAACAGCCUUUCUGGAACUUAUCCCUUCCAUAUAACGUCAUCUGUUUUGGGGUAGUGGAGCUUUAAAGAGGCUUGUUUUUGUUCCAAUAAAACUCGUUUCUGUUUUGUAAUUGUAACAGGCAAUGAUAGUCGUGUUUUCCAAACUUUAUUGAACUACAGUGACUAUUUUACAUCCAUACUCAAGGUGCACUACUACAGAUGUAAAUUACAAAUUUCAUGACAAUACUAUGUAUACUUUGGACAACGAUACAUGUGUAUACUUUGGACAACGAUACAUGUAUUUUUUGAAAAAAAAUAUAUAUAUUGUUAUUAAUCAAUUUUGACAUGGAAGUUUCUGAAAUGUGUGGUUUUUUUUUUUAUGCAGGACAUCUGAUGUUCACACCAAUACACUACAAAACACUAACUAAAAUAUGACGUGCAUUUAGUCACAAAUUGAAAUGCUGUGAGAUUUUUGAUCGAAUUUAGGGCUGCAGCUAUCGAUUAUAUAAGUAAUCAAUUUAUGGAUGAAUUGGUUCAAGUAAUUGGAUAACAAACAUUUAAUGGGUUGCAGAAUAAUUGUAGAAGUAAAACAAACAAGUGUGUGUACUUGCAUUAACAUUUAUAUUGACUUGCACAUCCAUUAGCGCCAAUGUUGCACUUUCAAAAGAGCAUCAAAUGCAAAUACAAAAUAAAAAUCACUGAGUGUUUCUUGAAACUAAACAGAAUUGCACUUUAAUUUCACUGGACCAUUAAAUGCAUAUAGUUUUAAAAUGAGGAUCUAGGUCAAAAUUUUUAAAUGUCUAGUCAAUAAAUCUGCUAGCUUAAAUGCUAUAAAAUGCUUUUUUUUAACAUUUCUCUUAAAAAAUUGUUCAAACACAUAUUCCCACACAAAAAAAAUGUAUAUCCCUAAACUAACUUAAAAAUGCAUAGACAUUAGCUCAAACGAAAACUUAAAGCCUUGUGUUGGCCUGAACAAGGAGCAGUUGGAUUCAGCCUAGACGAAUUGUCAUAUUCACUGUUGCCACCAGAGGGCAGUGUAUCCUCCCAAACCAAUAAAACUAAAUGCAACUUUCGAAACAAAGCAUUACAAUGCCAUUUUUAUGGUACGAUCUAUCGAAGCAGCAAAAAUUUGAUUCAAAGCUUCUUUUUUUUCUGAUCGAGUUACUCGAUUAGUCAAUGCAGCACUAAUUUAUCUGAAAACAAGCAUCACAUUCCAUUGGAAGAAUGGCAACACUGGAAUAGGAAUCAUAAUGUAUUGAAUAUUGCAAUCACCAUACCUUGUCUUUCUUUUUUCUUUUUUUUUCCUUAAAUCAGGUGAAACAUGAGCAUAUCUCAAUAUCUAUUAACACUCAAAGCACAAUAUAUUGUGAACACUCUACACACACUUUCAAUCCAAAUAAUUCAGUGGUUUGCAAAUACACAAAAACGCAUGUGUACCAAUAAACUAAUUUCAUAUGCUAGGUCUGUUGUGGGGUGGGUGGCCGUUUGUACAAGAAACUUUUGUCACCAUUGCAGUUAUUGUACAUCCAUCUUGAGCUCUUCAGUAGUUAAGCAUUGUCCCACCAGCGAGUGGCCAUUUUAUCAACGUGGUUUUGACGGGACUGCGCGGCAUUCGCGCAGCUGUUGAGAGACCUGCCAAUCUGCACUGUGAUCCAUUCCAGUUCCUCAGCCCUGAAUGGUCGAGACCGAUUUGUGUCCAAAUGACCAAAACGCAAGCUUGAUGCCAGAACUACCCUCGCGGCCGCUACUGGGUCACGCCAAACGUUCUAGCCUGUGACAGAAGAUGCUCUGUCGCCACUAGUAUAUCCUACGACGUAUGUAUCGGGGACUUUUGAGAAUGCCGUGGUUUAGGAGUUAUGUCAUGUAUCUUUGCAGCUUGACAAGUGAACAGCAGAGGUGGGGGGUUCAAGUCACUUGACUUCAAGUCAGCCAUUUCUUAUGUCCCGCUACGAAGCAUAUUUGACAAGAAUAGCAGUAGCCAGAGCCAUGUGCAAAGUGUUGCGAGACACUGAUCUCACCUCAAGUGGUUCACGUAGGCCUGAACAGUUCCAAGCACAAGCAGCGCUGUAAUGGUUUACAAUGGAACUGACAGCGGUAAUUGGGACAUUAAUGGUAAAAAUUGAUAAAACCACAUAUUUGAGUACUUGUUCGCUUCGACGAGUUACGAGAGAAUCAAUGUUUGGAACUAUUCAAGUUGCCACUACCCUGAAGUAAUUGUAUAAUGGGUCCCUAUGGGAGUGUCGCAACUCAUUCUACAUGGCUCUGGCAGUAGCGAAUGAAUGAGAACGACAUGACUUGACGUUUGACCUGGUGUCAAACAACGUUUGACUUGACCAACAUGACUCAAGGUAAAUAUUUUUGGAAAAAAAACAUUUUCAGGAGACUGUGUUGUGUGUAUGUAUGUAUAUAUGGCGGAAAACACAGACAAGACUGAAAAAGCAGUUUCUGCUCUUGCACUCUUUAAAAGAAACAACAGUUGUGUUUGAUAGAACAACAUGUCUAUAUGCUGCCGUAGCAGAUUCAUGGCGCAUGAACCCCUCGAACUAUUUUUAAUUUGUCCGUUUUACCCUGAAAACCCCUGUUUACAGACAUCGCGCAACCGCUUUUGUUUCAACCUAGCCAUAAAACGAAGGUAGUUAUAUUUAUUAUUCAAAAUGUCGUUUUUAGAUUCUCAUAUUUCGUUUAAAAAAAACAACGACUUUAAAAAAUUAUUCACUCGCAUAUUUUAAACUUUUAAACAAAUUUUAAAAAUGGCAUCUGUAAAGUCAGGGAUAUCUACCUCAUAACUAUCGCUUAAUUGUGUUUUUUUUUUUUUUUUGUUAUUGUCGCAUUUUCUUCGAUAUGUUUGAUAGUAAUCGAUCCAAACAAAAAAAAUUGAAAAAAAACAUUUAAAAGGGUAAAUACAUGAAAAAGAAAAUCUCGACCACUCCUUGAUGUCUGCGAUUCCUGCAUCAUGACCCUUGUUAUAUUACCGUGUUUCACCCAUAAAAUCCAGCUGUGGCCAUGCACAACUGUGUCUUGACACUCAGUGAUACAUGCUGCAUGGAGUUUUUGGAUCGAAACUAUGUAAGUACGCAAUAAUAUCUCCUUAAAGUCAUGGCGUCUGUAAUUCUGCUCUCGCGGGCUGUCACCUCCAGGUAGGGUUUUGCUGUAAAAAAAAUUUUUUUUUUUUUUUUAAAAAUGCCCUCCUGUCCAAAUUUUUUCUUCUCCCAGAAAAUUGAUUCCAAUGAUGUAUCACACGUGCAUAUCAGACAAUUUUUAAAUUUGGCCAAAUUGGGGGGUCUCAGAUCGGAACUUCAAGUCACCUGAGUGUUUUCUGCCAUAUAUGAAGUAAGCAUCAAUGGUUAAAAUGCAAAAAACCUCAAUAGGAUUUUCAGAUUGGUGGGCAACACCUUGACCUAAUUUUUUUUUUUUUUUUUUUCCUAAAAGUUUUCAGAUUGGAGGUUUAGCGUAUUGGCCAUUGCAAUGCAAGGUUUUGCAAAUUUUAGUGACACACCCCACUUAUUAGUUCAAAGCUAGAUAAUGUUAUGAUGAUUCCUAUUCUCCAUGUCUAAGCAGCUAAAAGGACCGCUAAAAAAAAAAGUUUCUCUCACUACCUCAUCAAACAAAGCAUUUUGGCUAUGUUGAGAGGAUUAAGUUAAGAACAGUGUUUUCAUAAAUAUUUUAAGUUUGGACAAUGACAACUUGAUUUCUGCCACAGUAGCUCGAGACUUGACAUUUAAGACUAAAGACUCAUAUAUGUGACUGACUCCCACCUCUGAUCAACAAUACAACUCAUACUCCAUGUGAAAUUUUUUUUUCUGUAGAUGCUGCACCAUUUCACACAUUAAUAACUGCAGAACUAAGCAUCGAUGAAGACCAACCUCUUAAAUUUGUUUUCCUUAUUGUCUGCUUGUUCUUUUGACUUUUGUGCCAUUAAGAGCAAUUAUUUUGCUCUGCACAUUCAAUCACAUUUUCUCACCUUUCCUACGGGCUUAUUUUGGUUUGUCUAACUUUAAAAAUGAUGUUCCUGCCGCAUCAGGAGGUGUGUAGUAUGACUAUGCGGCCUCCUCAAAUGUACGACAUUUAACAAGUCUCGUGUAAUGCAUGUUCAUAUCAUAACCUUUUUACACUUUACACGUGCAAAACACACACAAGAUGCCAUUGAAGUGUGACUCAUUCCAUGCUAGCUUCUCACUGUGUGUGUGUGUCUCGUCACAGGAGCCUCCACCGGCCGAUGGAGGGUAGCCUGCCUCACCGAUUCUCUGUUACGAGAACAUGGCCGCUGAUAAAAUGACUCAACAACCACAGCGUUAGUGACACCCAGGGGGGAGGCCCUGUGUCUUGGUGCUAUUCCUCUCAAGAAGAGGAUCAACGCAGAGGUACACCAUCUGCUGCAACACCUGGGGCGAUGACUCAUCUGCAUGCGCAGACUGACGCUCUUGAAUUUGAAAAAUAAAAAAGCUCCACGUGCA